AUGUCUGUGAAGGAGGACAAUUAUGCUUCGAAAAUAAUCUGCGACCGCUUUAACAGACACACUUCUCAUUCUUUUAAAUGCAACAAGUUCGUGCGAAAACCGAAUCCUGUGAAGAAGGUGGUAUUAUCAAAGAAUAUUGAAGCCAAAGACAGAAAAAGUUGUUCAACGGGUAUCAUUAACUCUACUCCGUGUGAAAAGAACAAAAUUAGUAAAUCAGAUUGCAUACUUGAUACAUCUAGAACAAAAAUCGAUUUCUGCAAAAGAUGCGGAGACGUGGAACCGAUAAAACCUAUUGUAGCUAAAAAAGAACAUAACAGCAAGUCUAAGCACAACUCUAUACAUCAGCACUACGUAAAUAAAAACUUCUACCAAUCAACAGAAUCUGUUCCAGAUUCUACGGUCAAAAGGGUUUACUUGGAUACAAUUUGCGAACAAUCAGAAGUUAAUGAUUCGAAAGACACAAUUUUCAGAAUAUACGAGGAAUCUUCAGAUGACGACUGUUACUUUGACCCUAACGAAAAGAACAACUUCGAGAAUUUAAAAGAGUUUCGCAGUGAAAACUUCUUCGAAUGCCACUCGGCAAAAUCGAGACUAGAAGCCAGUGUACGUUGCGACGAAAAACACAAGUGCGUUUACAGAUUUUACUUAAACGAACGACUAUUUCCUGUGCCGUUUAAUACAGAUUUUAACGAAAAUAUAAGAUGCAUGAGAUGUAAUUUGCCGUUGAAAAAUAAGCAGGAUCUCACCACAAAUGGGAUGAUACAGGCGAAAGUGAAAUUAGAUGGUGAAGUGCAGGAUAUGAUUCUAAUGUUACCAGUUAAAGAACACCUAAUUAUAAAAGAGAAAAGGAAAGAAAGAAAAAGAAGUACAGACCUCAAUUCGGUCUUUUUUGGAAUAGUAAAAUUGGAUUUCAACGGAGACUCAAUAUUCAAUAGAUCCUUACCAGAUGAUUCUUUGGCUUUGAAGUAUCAGAAGGGAUACAGGAAGUUUGAUGACCGUAAUGAUUACACUUAUAAUGAUACUGAUGAUAAUGAUGUUGUGAUUAUUUGA